AUGGCGGAUGAUGUGACACAGUUACUUGCACCGUACCAAUAUAUACUGAAGUUACCUGGAAAGCAGUUAAGGAGCCAAUUAGCGAAAGCAUUUAAUUCCUGGUUACAAGUCGACGUGGAGGUACUGGAUUCUAUCAUGACUGUGGUCGAAAUGCUUCACAAUGCAUCACUUAUGAUUGAUGAUAUCGAGGAUAGUUCGCUGCUACGGCGUGGAUUACCGGUAACACAUAGCAUUUAUGGUAUUCCACGUACGAUUAAUACAGCGAACUAUGUGUAUUUCGCAGCACUCUCUAGGUGCAUAUUGUUGGGCAAAUUUGAAGCUGUGAAGAUUUUUACUGAGCAGUUACUGGAACUGCAUCGUGGACAAGGGAAGGAAUUGUAUUGGCGAGAUACAGUUCAAUGUCCAACCGAGGAGGAGUACGAGCAAAUGGCGAUGCAAAAAACGGGUGGUUUAUUUGCGCUAACAAUACAGCUGAUGGAAUUAUUUGGGAAAAAGCAGUACGACUUUAAAUCGCUGAUAAGAAAUUUAGCUGUUUAUUUCCAGAUCAGAGAUGAUUACAUCAAUCUUUGUUCCCAUGCGUAUGCAGAGCAGAAGACAUUUGCUGAAGAUCUUACGGAAGGAAAGUUCUCCUUCCCUAUUAUAGUUGCUAUUGAUAAAAAAUACAACGACGAUGAAAUUAUUAACAUAUUACGUCAGAGGCCCAAAGAUGUGGAAGUUAAGAAGUAUUGCAUACGAAUUAUAGAAGAACGAGGAGCGUUCGGAUAUACCUUGAAACGUUUGCAAGAGUUACACGAUCUACUGCUUUCGCAUAUCGACAUGCUAGGUGGGAACAAAGAACUAAAAAACUUGAUUGAAACGUUGCAUAAAGAUAUCCAGCCGAUGCGCAGUCUUGGUAGUAUGAAAAUGAGCAAUGGUAAAUAA